AUGCGUCUUCUUGGCAAAUCUGUACGUUCGACGCUAUUCAUAGUAGGAGGCCUCUUGGCCUACAUUACAGCUGCAGCGGAAACGCUAGAUAGCUCCGCUAUUACUGCUGCCUCGAUUCCUACAGAGAUAUCGGCCUCUGUUAGCUCUUCUGGGAGCAUUAUUGCGUGCGCAAUUCUCACUGGACUCUUCUGGGGCAAGGUGGCAUACCCUUCGUCCUCUAGCUAUGGAGAAGAGAAUGCAUAUUGGUCUGCAACUGCGAUCCUCUCCCCCACCUGCAUCUUCAGCCCAACAUCCGCGGUCGACGUCUCACUUGCCGUCAAGAUCCUCGCCCUAGCGAAGGUCGAGUUUGCCAUCCGCGGGGGCGGCCACACCGCCAAUGCCGGCUGGGCCAACACCAAGAAGGGCGUUCUAAUCUCACUCUCGGAGCUCAAGACCCUGAACGCAAAGAGCGGGUAUGUCGAGGUCGGCGCAGGCCUGCACUGGGAAGAGGUCUACGAGUACCUCGAUGCGCGGCAGCUGAGCGUGGUGGGCGGGCGCAUGACCGGCGUCGGAGUCUCCGGGUACCUGCUUGGCGGAGGCAUCUCGUACAUCUCCAACGAGCGCGGCUUCGGCUGCGACAAUGUCAAGAACUAUCAGGUUGUCCUAGGAGACGGCCGCAUCGUCUCCGCAAACGCGCAGACAAACCCCGACCUCUUCAAAGCGCUCAAGGGCGGCACCAACAACUUCGGUAUCGUUACCCGCUUCGACCUGUACACAUACGCCAGCGCGGGCGUCUACGCGGGGUCCCUCUACUAUCUCGAGAGCAGCUUCGAUGAGCUCUUUGAUGCCACGGCCGCCUACGCCGUGAACAACACCGACAUCAAGACGCAUGUCAUCCCCGCGUUCGUGUCGUUGCCCGGCUACUCAAUCGCCGCGUACUACGUCUUCUCGAGCGACCCCGUGACGAGCCCGCCGGCUGCGCUGGAGCCAUUUUUCGACAUCCCCGCGUUCACGGAUACUACGCGAAUCACAAACUUCACCGGCGCCACGGAGGAGCUGGGGGCGGGGGAUGUGUAUGGGAUGAGACACUACCUGCAAGCACUAACCAUCGUCGCCGACGCCUCGCUCUACAAGGACAUCUACGCGAUCUUCAAGGAGCUCAACUCCCCGCUCACAACCACCAUCACGGGCUUCCAGGCCUCCGUGGCGUAUCAGCCGCUGUCGGCGAGCAUGAUUGCCGCUGGUGCGGCGCGCGGCGGGAAUGUGUUGGGGUUGGACGACUCGCAGGGAGUGCUGACUUGUCUGAACUUUAAUUACCGCUGGACAAAUACGACGGAUGAUGCGACGGUUAAGGCGGUUGCGGAGGAUGUGAUUGGUCAGGCGCGGGAGCUGGCGAAGGCGCGGGGGUUGUUUAAUCCUUAUAUAUACUUGAACUAUGCGGAUCCAGACGCGGAGGUGAUCGAGGGUUACGGCGCCGCAAAUGUCAAGACGCUGCAGACGGCGAAGAAGAAGUGGGACCCGGAGAAUGUGUUUAGCAAAUUAGUGAAGGGAGGGUUCAAGGUCCCUAUGUAA